AUGCCGGGGGCCCGCGCCAGCUGGGCUGGGGUGCCGCUGCCUGCCCCCGCUGGCCGCGGUGGCCCGCCGCCUGCUGCGCAGGCGGCCCGCACGGCGGCGCCCACGCUGCUGACGCAGCAGCGGCGCGCGCAGGACGGGCGCGGGGAGGCGGGCGGGCUCCACGCGAAGACGGCGUGGGACUCGCGCCCGCCGCGGGGCGCCGCGGAGCCCGCGGCCGAUGGAGGCAAAGGCGCCAUCUCCCUGCUCCAGGAGUUCGUGCAGUGUACGAAGACCUGCAGCGGCCCGCAGGACCGCCCGGUGCUGCAGUGGAGCUUCCAGCAGCGCGCCAGCGCCGGACCGCUCGAGUUCUGCGCGACGGUGGCCCUCGUGCUCGACGGGGUGCCGCACCACGUGAUGGGCGCGUGGCACGCGUCGAAGAAGGCCGCCCAGCGCGACGCGGCGGACCGCGCCCUCGCAUACUUCGUGGGCGCGUGGGGCCAGGCGCUGCAGCGGCAGGCGCUGGGGCCAGAGGCCGACAAGGCCCGCCCCCCUGCCUCCCCGGCGGGCGAGCGGCGGGACCGUGCACCUCUCCGCGCGGCCGCGGGGGGCGAGCGGCGGGCCCUGGAGGAGCACUGCGCCUACGAGGGCGGCCCGUGCGGCGGC